AUGAACUUAGACAACAAUAGCGAAAAAGAAAAGAACAAUUAUUAUUGUCCCCCAGAAAAAAGUCAUUGGAAAAAGUAUCAACUUUACUAUCUAGUUUUCGGCAGUUUUUUUAUCACUAGUUUAAUUAUCUUAAUCGGUAAUUCCAACGUCAAUGAGCAAAUUAGAAAAAUUAAUCAGCGGCUAAAUAAUCAGUCAGGAACAGAAAAUUUAAAAAAUAGUAGAAAUAAUAAUCCUCAUAACUAUAAAAGUGUUAAGUAUCUGCCUCGCUACCGCAUUGGUGGGCAAGCGGAGCCGGAACGACAUGCUCUAUUUUACGGUCCACCGGGUUCGGGAAAAACAUACCUGGCCGAAAUGUUUGCCAAAAAUGAAUCUUUGGGUUAUAUUUUCGCCAAGUUCGGAACGGAAACUUAUACGGGAAGCAGUCAACAAAAAGUAAAUGGGGUAAUGGAACAAGCCCAAAGUUUACUAGAACAAAAUGGCCAAGAUAAACCAGUGGUAAUUAUUAUUGAUGAAAUUGACUCAGUGGGCGUAAAAGACCCACUCAGUAGGAGUAGCACCCAAGAAGUUAACACAAUUUUGACCAUGAUUGAUGACAUAAAACGAGAUAAUUUAAACAUUAUAGUUAUUGGUAUAACUAAUUAUCCCGGGGUGCUGGACCCGGCUCUCAAAAGAACUGGUCGGCUCGGUCGGCAAAUUAAAGUCCCUUAUCUAGCAAAAGAAGAAAUAACCAAAAUGGUCAACUAUUUGGAAAAAGAUAUGAAAAAAGAACAACAAAUCACCCAAGAAGCGUUUGAAAAAUGUCGUCAAGCCGAGAUUGGAAUUUCUUACACCGACUUGGAAAUGUCUAUUAAAGACGCUUUGGCCAAGGAAGUUAGUAAAGAUUCAAAAAAAAUCACUCCCCAAAGUUCUGACUACCAAAAAGAACUAGAAAAAAAAGUGGCCGAUAAAGCAAAAAAAGAGAAAGAAAGAAAUCCAAUGCCAACACCGGAUAAAGAGAAAGAAGAUAAUUCUUAA